CGGCGCCCCCGGAAGGGGUUGCCGAGUGGGGCAUUCACUUCCGGUCUGGGGCCUGCGGCGGCUGUGGCGGCGGCGGCGGCGGCAGCGGCGGCGGCGGCGGCAGCGGGUCGGUGUAGAAAAUGGCGCUGGUGCAGCGGCUCGGGCCUCUCCCCGCGGCGCUGCGGAGGGCUUGAGGCUCGCGAGCCUCACUCGCCGCGCCCCACUUGCUCGUGCACUUUACACACAUGAGAGAAUUGGAAGCUAAAGCUACCAAAGACGUAGAAAGGAAUCUUAGCAGGGAUUUAGUGCAAGAAGAAGAACAGUUGAUGGAAGAAAAGAAAAAGAAAAAAGACGACAAGAAAAAGAAGGAAGCUGCUCAAAAGAAGGCCACUGAACAAAAAAUCAAAGUGCCAGAACAGAUAAAGCCCAGUGUAAGCCAGCCUCAGCCUGCCAACUCUAAUAACGGCACUUCCACAGCAACCAGCACUAAUAAUAAUGCCAAGCGAGCCACAGCCAACAAUCAGCAGCAGCAGCAGCAACAACAGCAGCAGCCACAGCAGCAGCAGCCGCAGCAGCCGCAGCAGCCGCAGCCGCAGCAGCAGCAGCAGCAGCAGCAGCAGCAGCCACAGGCCUUGCCUCGGUAUCCUCGUGAAGUACCACCACGAUUUCGCCACCAGGAACAUAAACAGCUGCUAAAGAGGGGUCAGCAUUUUCCUGUCAUAGCGGCAAACCUGGGAUCUGCUGUUAAAGUGUUAAGCAGCCAGUCAGAAAGCAGUGCUUUAACAAAUGAACAGCCACAAAAUAACGGAGAGGUGCAGAACAGCAAAAACCAGUCAGAUAUAAACCACAAUACUUCAGGAUCCCAUUAUGAAAAUUCACAGCGGGGACCUGUGUCUUCUACAAGUGACUCUAGCACAAACUGUAAGAAUGCUGUUGUAAACGACUCCCCAGAAAAAGAAGCAUGGCCCUCAGUCCCUGGCAGUGAUCCAGAGUUGGCUUCAGAAUGUAUGGAUGCUGAUUCUGUCUCCAGUUCUGAAUCAGAGAGAAACAUCACUAUCAUGGCUUCAGGGAGCACAGGUGGUGAAAAAGAUGGCCUUCGGAAUAGCACUGGACUUGGUUCCCAAAACAAGUUUGUCGUUGGUAGCAGCAGCAAUAAUGUGGGCCAUGGAAGUAGUACUGGGCCAUGGGGCUUUUCCCAUGGAGCCAUAAUAAGCACAUGUCAGGUCUCUGUGGAUGCUCCUGAAAACAAAUCAGAAGGUAGCAACAAUAGAAUGAAUGCUUGGGGCACUGUAAGUUCUUCAUCAAAUGGAGGGUUAAAUCCAAGCACUUUGAAUUCAGCUAGCAACCAUGGUGCCUGGCCAGUAUUAGAGAACAAUGGACUUGCCCUAAAAGGGCCUGUAGGGAGUGGUAGUUCUGGCAUCAAUAUUCAGUGCAGUACCAUAGGCCAGAUGCCUAACAAUCAGAGUAUUAACUCUAAAGUGGGUGGUUCUUCUGCCCAUGGUACCUGGGGAAGCCUUCAGGAAACUUGUGAAUCUGAAGUAAGUGGUACACAGAAGGUUUCAUUCAGUGGUCAACCUCAAAAUAUUACCACUGAAAUGACUGGACCAAAUAACACUACUAACUUUAUGACCUCUAGUUUACCAAACUCCGGUUCAGUACAGAAUAAUGAACUGCCUAGUAACACAGGGGCCUGGCGUGUGAGCACAAUGAAUCAUCCUCAGAUACAGGCUCCAUCGGUUAUAAAUGGCACUUCCCUUUCUCACCUUAGCAAUGGAGAGUCAAAAAGUGGAGGCUCUUACGGUACUACAUGGGGUGCCUAUGGUUCUAAUUACUCUGGAGACAAAUGUUCAAGCCCUAACGGCCAAGCUAAUGGUGACACUGUGAAUGCAACUCUAAUGCAGCCUGGCAUAAAUGGGCCUAUGGGCGCUAACUUUCAAGUUAACACAAAUAAAGGAGGAGGUGUGUGGGAGUCUGGGGCAGCAAAUUCCCAGAGUGCAUCAUGGGGAAGUGGAAAUGGUGCCAAUUCUGGAGGAAGCCGAAGAGGAUGGGGAGCUCCUGCACAAAACACUGGCACUAAUAUACCCAGCGUGGAGUGGAAUAAACUGCCUAGCAAUCAGCAUUCCAAUGACAGUGCAAAUGGCAAUGGUAAGAAGUUUACAAAUGGAUGGAAAUCUACUGAGGAAGAGGAUCAGGGUUCUGCCACAUCUCAGACAAAUGAGCAAAACAGUGUGUGGGCCAAAACAGGAGGUACGGUGGAGAGUGAAGGUAGUACAGAAAGCACUGGACGCCUCGAGGAAAAAGUAACUGGGGAAAAUCAAAGUAGAGAUCGAAGAAAAAUUGAUCAGCACACAUUACUCCAAAGCAUUGUGAACAGAACUGACUUAGAUCCACGUGUCCUGUCCAACUCUGGUUGGGGACAGACUCCUAUUAAGCAGAAUACUGCCUGGGAUACUGAAACAUCACCUAGAGGGGAAAGAAAGACUGACAAUGGGACAGAGGCCUGGGGAAGCUCUGCAACACAGACUCUUAACUCAGGGGCAUGUAUAGAUAAGACUAGCCCUAAUAGUACUGAUACCUCAUCUGUAUCGGGGUGGGGAGAUCCCAAACCUGCUCUGAGGUGGGGAGAUUCCAAAGGCUCAAACUGCCAGGGGGGAUGGGAAGAUGAUUCUGCUGCUACAGGAAUGGUCAAGAGCAAUCAGUGGGGGAAUUGCAAAGAAGAGAAGUCCGCAUGGAAUGAUUCGCAAAAGAACAAGCAGGGGUGGGGUGAUGGACAAAAGUCAAACCAAGGGUGGUCCGUUUCUGCCAGUGAUAACUGGGGAGAAACUUCGAGAAGUAACCAUUGGGGUGAAGCUAAUAAGAAAUCUAGCUCAGGAGGUAGUGACAGUGACAGGUCCGUUUCUGGUUGGAACGAACUUGGUAAAACUAGUUCUUUUACUUGGGGAAAUAACAUAAAUCCAAACAAUUCUUCAGGAUGGGAUGAAUCUUCUAAAUCUAAUCCUUCCCAGGGAUGGGGAGAUCCUCCAAAGUCUAAUCAGUCUCUAGGUUGGGGAGAUUCGUCAAAGCCAGUCAGUUCUCCAGACUGGAACAAGCAACAGGACAUUGUCGGAUCUUGGGGAAUCCCACCAGCUACAGGCAAACCUCCUGGUACGGGUUGGCUGGGAGGACCUAUACCAGCCCCAGCAAAAGAAGAAGAACCCACAGGCUGGGAGGAACCAUCCCCAGAAUCCAUACGUCGCAAAAUGGAGAUUGAUGAUGGAACUUCAGCUUGGGGAGAUCCAAGCAAAUACAACUACAAAAAUGUGAACAUGUGGAACAAAAACGUCCCAAAUGGCAGCAGCCGUUCAGACCAGCAAGCACAGGUACAUCAGUUGCUACCAUCUGCAAGUGCCAUCUCAAACAAAGAGGCAAGCAGUGGCACUGGCUGGGGUGAGCCCUGGGGGGAGCCUUCUACUCCAGCCACAACUGUGGAUAAUGGUACUUCAGCAUGGGGUAAACCCAUAGACAGUGGUCCCAGCUGGGGGGAACCCAUUGCUGCGGCAUCCAGCACAUCCACGUGGGGCUCCAGCUCUGUUGGUCCACAAGCAUUAAGCAAAUCUGGGCCAAAAUCUAUGCAAGAUGGCUGGUGUGGUGAUGAUAUGCCAUUGCCUGGAAAUCGCCCCACUGGCUGGGAGGAGGAAGAGGACGUAGAGAUUGGAAUGUGGAAUAGUAAUUCAUCUCAAGAGCUUAACUCGUCUUUAAAUUGGCCACCAUAUACAAAGAAAAUGUCAUCGAAGGGUCUGAGUGGCAAAAAAAGGAGAAGGGAAAGGGGAAUGAUGAAAGGUGGAAACAAACAAGAAGAAGGAUGGAUAAAUCCGUUUGUUAAACAGUUUUCAAAUAUCAGUUUUUCGAGAGACUCACCAGAAGAAAAUGUACAGAGCAAUAAGAUGGACCUUUCUGGAGGAAUGUUACAAGACAAACGAAUGGAGAUAGAUAAACAUAGCCUAAAUAUUGGUGAUUACAAUCGAACGGUUGGGAAAGGUCCUGGUUCUCGGCCUCAGAUUUCCAAAGAGUCUUCCAUGGAGCGCAGUCCUUAUUUUGAUAAGGAUGGCAUUGUAACAGAUGAAUCCCAAAACAUGCAGUUUAUGUCCAGUCAAAGCAUGAAGCUUCCCCCUUCAAAUAGUGCACUACCUAACCAGGCCCUUGGCUCCAUAGCAGGGCUGGGUAUGCAAAACUUGAAUUCUGUUAGACAGAAUGGCAAUCCCAGUAUGUUUGGUGUUGGAAACACAGCAGCACAACCCCGGGGCAUGCAGCAGCCUCCAGCACAACCUCUUAGUUCAUCUCAGCCUAAUCUCCGUGCUCAAGUGCCUCCUCCAUUACUCUCCCCUCAGGUUCCAGUUUCAUUGCUGAAGUAUGCACCAAACAACGGUGGCCUGAAUCCGCUCUUUGGCCCUCAACAGGUAGCCAUGCUGAACCAGCUAUCCCAACUAAACCAGCUUUCUCAGAUCUCCCAGUUACAGCGAUUGUUAGCGCAGCAGCAAAGGGCGCAGAGUCAGAGAAGCGUGCCUUCUGGGAACCGGCAGCAGCAAGACCAGCAGGGUCGACCUCUUAGUGUGCAGCAGCAAAUGAUGCAACAGUCCCGUCAACUUGAUCCAAACCUGUUGGUGAAACAACAGACUCCACCAUCUCAGCAGCAGUCACUCCAUCAGCCAGCCAUGAAAUCUUUCCUUGAAAAUGUCAUGCCCCACACUACACCUGAGCUGCAAAAAGGGCCAUCACCAAUAAAUGCUUUCAGCAGCUUCCCUAUAGGCUUGAACUCAAACUUGAAUGUAAAUAUGGAUAUGAACAGUAUUAAAGAGCCACAGUCAAGACUAAGGAAGUGGACUACAGUGGACAGCAUUUCUGCAAACACAUCUUUGGAUCAAAACUCCAGCAAACAUGGUGCUAUUUCAAGUGGUUUCAGGCUGGAAGAGUCUCCAUUUGUUCCCUAUGACUUUAUGAAUAGCAGUACUUCACCAGCCAGUCCUCCAGGUUCAAUAGGAGAUGGCUGGCCACGUGCCAAAUCGCCUAACGGCUCUAGCAGUGUUAAUUGGCCACCAGAAUUUCGCCCUGGUGAACCAUGGAAAGGUUAUCCAAACAUUGACCCUGAAACUGACCCUUACGUCACUCCUGGCAGUGUCAUAAACAAUCUUUCAAUUAAUACUGUGCGGGAAGUUGACCACCUCAGGGACAGGAACAGUGGGUCAUCCUCAUCCUUGAACACCACGCUGCCUUCAACUAGUGCCUGGUCAUCCAUUCGUGCCUCCAACUACAACGUUCCCCUCAGCAGUACAGCACAAAGCACUUCAGCCAGAAAUAGUGAUUCCAAAUUGACAUGGUCUCCUGGUUCAGUUACAAACACCUCUCUGGCUCAUGAGCUGUGGAAGGUCCCUUUGCCACCUAAAAACAUCACUGCUCCGUCCCGCCCACCUCCGGGACUGACUGGUCAGAAGCCACCCUUGUCUACGUGGGAUAAUUCUCCCCUUCGUGUAGGUGGAGGAUGGGGAAAUUCUGACGCCAGGUAUACCCCAGGUUCCAGCUGGGGUGAGAGCAGCUCAGGGAGAAUAACAAAUUGGCUUGUUCUAAAAAACCUUACACCUCAGAUUGAUGGCUCAACUCUGCGUACUCUGUGCAUGCAGCAUGGCCCACUGAUAACAUUCCACCUGAACCUCCCACAUGGAAAUGCUUUGGUCCGUUACAGUUCAAAAGAAGAGGUAGUGAAGGCACAAAAGUCUCUGCACAUGUGUGUAUUGGGGAACACUACUAUUCUUGCUGAGUUUGCCAGUGAAGAGGAGAUCAGUCGUUUCUUUGCACAAAGUCAGUCUCUGACCCCUUCUCCUGGCUGGCAGUCUCUUGGGUCCAGCCAGAGCCGGCUGGGCUCCCUCGACUGUUCCCACUCAUUCUCCAGCCGGACCGAUCUCAAUCACUGGAAUGGUGCUGGGCUGUCGGGAACUAACUGUGGAGACCUUCACGGCACUUCACUCUGGGGGACCCCACAUUAUUCCACAAGCCUCUGGGGUCCUCCAAGCAGCAGCGACCCCCGGGGAAUUAGCAGCCCAUCCCCCAUUAAUGCUUUUCUUUCUGUUGACCACCUGGGUGGGGGUGGAGAGUCCAUGUAACAGUGUAGGUGUCGACUCAUGAACUGUGACCUCAAGAUGCAAAAGAAAGGAGCACUAAGUUGGGCUCGCCGCCUGCAGCCAGGGGCCACCUGUGGGAACAGCUAUUCUCUGCACAUUUUCCACUUUGUUUUCCCUGAAACAUAUCAGUUUGAAUACUUGAAUCAUGCAGGCCAAUAUUAUAAUGUGAAAAGGUAUCUAUCUAUUUACACUCCCAAAUAGCGCCAUACAUGCUAAACCGUAUAGAACGAGCUCACUUGUGUAUAUUCAUCAUGUUUAGCCUUUGGGUUCCUUUUUUUUUUGUUUUUCCCCUCCUAUCUUCUUGCCCCUUUUUUUCUUUUCUUUCUUUUUUUUUUUUUUUUUUGCUAAACCAUUUUUUUUGGCUGAUAAUGUAUGAGCUUUUAACUUUGCACUGAAUGAUGUUCUCUCCGUCUAAUCGGCAAUAUGGGGGGGCAGCUGUUCCAGUGUAAAUGUUUACUCAAGGAUGUUCUUAAAAGGUGUGCGCUCUCUACUAUGCCUUGAUGUUUGCCUACCUUAUUGUGGUAUCGUGGAGUUUAAAAGAUCGAGUUAUGAUACUGACUUAGGACUAUAACUGAAAGUAUUGCACCAGUUUUUUCAUGUUAUAAAACUAAAGAAUUUUCGCUCUGCAGUUUGAAAAACUGUGGCCACAGCUGUGACUUGCAGCCCACCUGCCACCCAGGACGGGCCCUGCACUUUGAAUAGGCUUUCCAUUUUGUUUUGAAGGUUCCCACGUUGAACCUUCUUGUUUACAGAUUUUUUUGUUUGUUUUUUGAGAAAAAAAAAUGUUUACUCUUCCAUCAUUUAAAAAAAAUUUAAAAGACAAAAAAAAAAAAUGGAGGAUGACUUAAAAGAUGCUUUCUAUCUCUGGGAAAAAGGAGCAGCAUUUGGCCAUGUUCUUUUGUUUUUCUAUUCCUGUCCUAAAUCAAAGAGCAUGGUUCUCAGGAAAACCAGUUCCCCAGUAAAAAAAACUCCUUGUAGUUUCUUAUAGGAUAAAAAGAAAAACCCCAACUUUUAGCACUGAUACUACAUAUUGCUCUGUUAAAGAAUUUUCUCUGCCAAAAAAAAGAAAAAACAAAAAAAUGCUUGAAGCUGGAGUUUGACAUUCUGCUUUCAGAUGCUGUCUUUUUAUUAGUGAGUGAUGAUGGUUUGCUAAUAAUCAAUAGGUAAUAAUUUUUUGUAAUCCCAUCAAGUGGCUCUAUAUGUUUCUGCUCUCUUGUGACUGUGUUAAUGUUUAACUGUUGUACCUUAAAGCCGAAUUCAGUAACUAUGCAUACUGUAACCAAGGUAUUGGGCUUACAGAAUUGUUCGUUGUAUAAAGAAAAUUUUAAAUGUUGUUGCAAACUAACGAGUUACACCAUUUUUAAAAUUUCUUUCUCUCUUCCCCCCUUUUUUUGCCCACAAAAGGUAUUAUAAUGCUUGCUUAGUCAAAGAAGAGAGACUAAACAAGGGUAAAAAUUUUAACAGUACAGAAUUUGCCAUCAUUUCAUUGCCUUGAUUCUAACUGUUUGUGUCCUAAGAUGCAAAAGAAGUCAGUGGCUUUUAACUGUUUACAAAUAGAAUGUGAUUGUAAAAUGUACAGUUUGGUUGUGUUUGAAUUAUGAAAUUUCUUCAGAUAUAAUAAACCAUGACUUUUUGGCUGCUCAACAUCAAUUGUCUUUUUUGUGAAUUUAUUUGUACGCUCUUUUUUAUAAUGGAACUUUCAAAGUUGCUGUGUAUGAGGGUUCUCAUAGAGCAACUGAUUAGAAGUCUAAGCAAAUAUUUGAACAUUUUAUCUGAACUUAUCCACAAUUUCACCCUGAAAUAAUGUGAGAACAAUGGGAAACUGUAGCUUGCUCCUUCCUACCCUCUUUGAGCAUCUUUGGGAUCUUGUUGCUCAAAACUCUUCUGUGACUUCAUCUUCCCCACCAUUUGUGCCCAUCUCAAGCCUCAGCAAGAGACCAUUUGGAACAUGAAGCUUAAUGACUUGACAGUGUUCUAGUGUUAAACUCUCAUACCUCUGUUACAAAAUGAGAAAUGCCACAACCUGGACUGGCCUUUUUCUUCCCCCUUCACGGCCCUGACUCCUCACUGCAGGAGCUCUGGGGCAGAACCUGUGUGUGUCUUUCAGUGUAUGACUUCAAAUCAUGCUCCAACUUGCCAGGUGUAAGCUGAUGUUGUUGGACAGCUUAAUAUGAGCAGAUGUUGUUCAAUGCAUUCAAUGUACAUUGACUUCCAUACUGGUUUUUCCAAAAACCAAAGGUAGCUUUGAAAAACCACGUCUGGAAAUGUUUGGAACGUUAAGCUGAUUGACCUUUUGGGGCUUUGAGUAGUAUAUAAUUGACUUCUUAACUGCGUUAAUUGUAUUGUUAAAGUGUUUGGGAGUUUUUUGCGCUUGUUACGUGGAAAUAAAAUGUUUGAUUU